AUGUCGAAGUUGCUUAAAGCGAUGGACCCUCUAGCGGGGUUGGAAGAGAGCGAGAGCGAGGAGGACGAGGAGGAAGGAGACGAGGAAGAGGAGGAGGAGGAGGAUGAGAAGGAGGAGGAGGCGGAGGAGGAGGAAGGAGGGGAAGAGAAGGCUACGAGCGGAGGCGGGGAGGAAAUGGGACAGCGCAAGGGCGGAGCGGUGGACUACGCGGCGCUGGUGCGGCACGGGCUGGUGGGCGGCCCGUCCGUGCUGCUGCUGCCCGACCAACAGCCCAGCGCCGCCGUGGAGUGGGGCAAGUGGGGCCGCGGGCAUGGGCGCGAGGGGCACGCGCAGGGGGGUGCCCGGGGGAAUGAGGCGGAGGGGGAAGGGGAGGAGGAGAGGGAGAAGCGGAGGAGGGCGCGGGAGGAGAGCCGGCAGCUGCAGGAGCUGGCAAGUGAUGCUGGCGCUGAGGCAGCAGCAGCGAGGGCGUUGGCGCACGGGGCAGCGGCGCGGCAACUGAAGGUGGACCUGGCAGCGGAGCACAGAGAGCGCCAGUGGCAGCGCCGCCAAGCAGGGGGCGAGCGAGGGAGGGGCGGGGCUGCUGCGAUGAGCUUCAGCCAGCGCGAGAAGAGGAAGCGGGAUGCGGGGCAGGCGAGCCGAGGGAAGAACUACGUGGAGGAGGAGAAGCGGCAGCUCAGGGACCAGGGCGUCUACUCUGGCUUCGAUGCUUAG